AUGGCUUCGUCAGGGAAGGAGACACCGGAGGGUGACUCCAUGUUGCUGAUAGGGCUCCCGGAAGGCACACCCCAGAUCCAAUAUACCGAUAUGAAUCGACUCUACAACUCGGUGGAGAGACGGGCAGCGGCAUGUUGCUCAGAUGAUACAUUGAGCCCCUUCAUUGUUGUGCGAGAUAUACCGCGUACCAUUCUCCAAGAUCUCGACGAUAAAUACCCGGACAAACCCCCGAAGGUCAGUGGAGAUAUCCCUGGAAAUAUAAUAGUUGUCGAGGUUAUGGCUAAGCCGCCUCAUGAAACUGCAGCGUGGGCGUUGACGGGCUAUAUUGACCAUGAAGUUAUCAAUAUGGACCUUCAUGAAGAUAUAAUUAUUACUGGGGCUAGUAGAGUAGAGAAUGAAGACAAGAGUUUUGUCAAAGGUCCUGACGGUAGCUUCACGCUCCGGCACCACCACUGGCCCAUUUUAGCUAUCGAAGCUGGGCCUUCAGAGACAGAAGCUAGGCUGGUCAUUGACGCAAGACGAUGGUUGGAAGCAAAAGGCUCUGAGACAGAAACUGUCAUCACAAUACAAGUUGACCGGGAGCAUCCUCACAUAUCUUUCAAGAGAUGGCAGCACUCCGAGCGGCAGAGAGUUACGCAGUCAACUCAACAACCGGCCAAGGUAGUAGAGCAAGUGGACGUCUCUUACCACAACUCGGUCACCAAUGUUACAGGGGAAAUGGCUAUAUCAUUUCGGGCCAUCGCUGGUCGUGAGCCGCAUAGCUCCAAGGAGAAGAGCAUUGUCAUUACAAAGAGUAUUUGUGAAAGCAUAGCUAGGAGGGUGUGGGUAGCUCAGGAAUUUCUGUAA